AUGGCCCAGAAACUUUCUAUGGGUAAUUAUGCAGCAAUUGAACUUUUCAACCGCACGAGAAAAGUCCUGUGCUACUUCCAUCAGCUCCGAUCGUGGCAUUCAAUGCAUAGAAGAGAGAAAGCAUGCUACUAUCUCUUGGCAAUCGUAAGUGUGCUGGCGAUUUUCGGAUGGAUGGGAACAUAUCGCUCUGCUAUUAAUAGUAGUGUACCACAAAUCUUAUCAUCGUUUCACGUCCGAAAUGUACGCCAAGACAACGCUGAGGCGUCCCAGUAUGAAAACGAUGAUCUACUGUUUCAUCCGUUUGAUAACGAAUGUAAAUUUGCGAUGCCAAACGCUUAUGCAAGCGACAUCGUGUCUUUCCAUGUUGGUGAACGUUUGCGCCAACUGAAGUGCAAAUAUGAUGACUAUGAUUUUGCGACUAUGGACAGUGAGGGAUAUAUGUAUGUUCAUCCUCAUUUCACCCAGUUUCCAACUGUGACUAAAGACGUGAAAUGUAAGGUCAUUUUUCUUGAAGGAGGGAUUCGCAGUAAAACAUCUAAUGCAAAAAAGUACGUAGAAGUUGCAACGGUGGAGGCUCCAGAGAACAAGCGAUUUCUUGCAAAUGGUGACGCAUUUUUCAUACGUUGCCAUCAGAAGGAGAAGGGCACAAACAACACAAAACAAGUAUUUCAGAAAGUUUUUGCAGGAAUGACAGACUUCAUGAAAGAAAAACACAAAGUGUAUAUUGUUGACGAUACAGAAUCUUUUGAUAAGUUUGGUCGAAAACGGAAAGGCCCAGAAAAACUCGAGCAACCUCGUCGAUAUUCUGUUGAUAUUCUUGCGUUCGACUCUACAUCACGCACGAUGACAAUGAGACACAUGCCAAGAACAGUCGAAAUGAUGCACAAACUUGGAUAUGAGAUACUUUACGGUUAUACAAAGGUUGGCGACAACUCGAUGGUCAACCUUGAACCGAUCCUCGCUGGCGAUAUUCCGGAGGCACUAGCCGAGAAGAAACACGACAAUUCAAGCGAUAUCAAUAAAAAUUGGAUAUUACCAACAACAAAGAAGCUCGAUCCCACACUUCUGCCCUUUUUGUGGAAAAUCAUGAAGGAAAAGUACGGCUGUCGCACAAUGUUCAACGACGACAUCGCCGUAUCCUAUCGAGGCAUCUUCCAUUAUCCGCGGCGAGAAUUUCAGUUUGGAUUCACAACGCCCAUAGCAGACCAUUACUAUCGUCCCUACUAUCUCGCUGUCUACCAGAACUGGACAUAUAAAGCCUGCAAAGAUGGUGGGCAGAUUCAGCAAGAGUUUAUUAACUUAUGGCGUCGAUUUGCCAUUAGGUACAAAAGCAUAUGCCAUUUCGGAUUUACCUUUAUAACAAGUUUAACCCACGAAGCCGGUUUUCUGAUUGAAACGGUAGACGAUUUUGUCAAAUCCAGUCUUGAGGACCUCUCCAUGAACGAUGCUUUGGACAACAGUGUAAGCGUCAUUAUGGGUGACCAUGGAAAUCGUAUAGGAUUGGUUCAAUAUUCAUACACAGGUAGAAUUGAGGAACGAAUGCCUCUCAUGGCUAUUCGACUGCCAAGUAAUUUUAAAACGCUCUAUCCAAAAGAGUAUGAAAAUUUUCUAGCAAACAAAUGGAAGCUCACAAGCAAUUUUGACAUACAUCAGACUCUAAAAGAUAUUGCAUUAAUGCGGCUUGGUGCUAACAGACCUGCUGUUCGUGACGAAGGUCGCGGAAUCAGUCUUUUUGAUGAAAUACCCUCGAACAGAACGUGCUACGAUGCUUAUGUUGCCGAGAACUUUUGCACCUGCCUUAUACAUCGGCCAAAUCUUACCAUGCCCAAAGAGAAAAAUGCGCAAAAGAAAAAGGCGAAAUUAAUAAAAAAAUACAACGAUGCCAUAACUUAUUGGAUAGAGGAAAAUGGGCUGGGAUCAUGCCUUGAUAGCAGCAAUAUAUCAAUAAGCAAAGAUGUAAAAGUGCUUGGCCUGAAUCCGCUUGUACGUCACGGAUUGCGCCCCAAGGAAAAUAUAACCGUUGUAGAAGCAAUGCAGAAAAAACCUCCGAAGAUGGAUUUUCUUUAUCAUGAAUUUAUUGCAACGCAAAAGCUCUUAACUGGAGAGAACAUUGAGCUUCUCUACCGAAUUGAAGAAGAAACUAGACCACGAGCCGCUCUUCAUCAUUGUGCGAUUACGGGUGUGGCCGACAUUACAUCAUCGCUCAAUUUCAUCUUAAACGGCGUUUUGCGCAAAGCUGAUUUAUUCACCGAAUUCUAUUGGACAAAUCGUUCCUUUUUGGCUAACUUCAGUUUUGUAGCUUCUUAUUACACGCUCUAUCUCAGAUGCCUUGGCAUCUCGUUAAUAUCGUUGCAAAGAUUUAUGUCUGUCUGUCACUAUCAAACAAAAAUUGAGAAGCUGAUUUCAAGAGCUCCGUUUGCUGCAUUCUUGGCGCUUCAUUGGUUUCCGCCCGUUGUUAUGAUAGCACCAUUGUUGACAACAUUCAAUGCUACAUUCGAAUAUACAAAUGGGACAGAUGAGACUUUGGCGUUAUAUGUUCCACAGGCUAAUCUAGCGGUGGCCAACCUCACUUCAGUAAUCUUUGUCGUGGUAUUAUUUCUCAUCUCUGGCUUCUGUUAUAUAUCUGUGCUUAUUUGUGUAGUACGCAGUCGGACAUCACACAGUUCAAGACAACAAGAGAUUCGGAUAUGCAUCCAGUUGGCAGGGCUGAUGGUUGCCUUCGUAUUAGUAUUUAUCUACAGCGUUGUUCAAUAUGCUUUAAAUAAGGCACACCAGAAGAGUCUAGUUUACGCAUGGAGACAAGCACAUCCAGUGAUGAACAGCUUUUUAUCAAGCAUACAGCCUUGGAUGUGUUUACUUUUCAACAGGGACAUACAAGUUAGAUUAAAACGAAUAGUCACAUGCGGAAAAGCAAAGCACCUGCCCGCAAUUUCGGCAUCUGCAGUUUCAACGUCGAGAAGACAACAGAUAUCAUCAUUCAGUAAAAGUGGUGCAUCGAGCUCGAGUGGGUGGAUGCAUUCAUUCAAAUAUGGCAUUCAGCAUUAG